AUGAAUGUCUUCGAUCCAGCUCACUUCGUGGAUAUGGAGUUUAACCUCUUCGACAUGGUUGAUCACCCGGACGCCCAGGAAGAAAUGAUGAAUUUUAACUUCGUCAAGAACGGAAACGAGGCAAGUGCUCUCCGCAAUGAGCUUCUCGCCUUGAUGGUACUCUUGUGCCUUCUCAUUCUCGGAGUCAUCAUCUACUUUGUCUUCCGUUCAAUGGUUUACAUCAAGAAGGAGAAGGCUCAAGAACGCUUGCCGAUCAACACUUUCGGACCAAUCAAUCUUCCAUAA